AUGUGUUGUUGCUGUUCCAGGAACUAUGAUAGUCCUAUGGAAUAUGCUUACGGUAAAAAUAAUUUGUCUUCUUGUUCAGGGAAAUUGUAUUUUGAUGUUUACGUCAUGUGUAUGACAGAGUUCCCUCUUUUAUCUAGGUUGAAUGAGGCUUAUGAAGAGCUACCCGCUUUUCAAGAUGCUAUGCCAAAAAAGCAGCCCGAUACACCAGUCGAGGAAAGGGGUUGAGGUAUUGAAUAAUCUGAAAGACCUAGUAUACUUUAUCUUAUUGUUCGUCUUUUUACUCAGUCGUGGAGUGCAGACUUCUGGGAUCCCAGAAACAUUGAUGCAUUAUAGUGGAUCUUCCAAGUUGUGAUCAGUAUUUGAUGCAUUGUAGUGGAUCUUCCACUGCAUAAUAAUGAAUCUUUCAUGAGGCAUUUUUGCAUUCUCCUGAUUCCUUUUUCUUUCUUAUUUUGGUUUUCCCAGAUCAGUCUUCCCACCCCUUAAUUGCAGCAUAUACAGCUUCGGGGCGUGCAUGUGUUGUGCA